GCUCCCGUGUGAUACUGCAAGUGUCCGUGUUUGGGAAGGAAAGCAGCAGGCUCGCCCGCCUCCGAGGCUUUCCUCUGGCCACCUGCUGCCCUUUGAAGCCAUGGGGAAGAUCGGGCUGCAGCUCAAAGCCACUCUGGAAAAUAUUACAAAUCUCAGGCCGGUGGGGGAGGAUUUCCGAUGGUAUCUGAAGCUGAAGUGUGGAAACUGUGCUGAGGUUUCAGAAAAAUGGCAAUAUCUACGAUUAAUGGACAGCCACCCUCUCAAAGGAGGCAGGGGAAGUGCCACAAUGGUGCAGAAAUGCAAGCUGUGCUCCCGAGAAAACUCCAUAGAUAUCUUAAGUCACACAAUGAAGCCUUACAAUGCUGAAGAUAAUGAGACAUUUAAGACCAUAGUGGAGUUUGAGUGCCGUGGCCUUGAACCAGUGGACUUUCAACCACAGGCUGGGUUUUCUGCAGAAGGCGCAGAAUCUGGCACACGUUUUGACGAGAUCAACUUGUUGGAAAAGGACUGGAAUGACUACGAUGAAAAAAUAAAGGAAUCUGUUGGCAUCUAUGAAGUGACACAUAGGUUUGUCAAAUGUUGAAGCUUUUGUUUUGUGUGGGAUCAUUUUCUAUGUGGCCAUGUUUAAAUUGUGUUUACAGAACCUAGAAUAAAAGUCUUACACUCUCUGCAGGAUUUAUUUUUCAA